CGGCGGCGUGCGCUCUCCCGACCGGAGCUUCCUCGGGGCGGUGCCGUCCCGGGGCCCGCCUCCCCGGGUUGAGGCCGAGGGGCCGCCGCCGCCGCCGCCGCCGGACCGAGGGAGCGCCAGGGGAGCGCGAUCGCCCGCCCGCCCGCCUGCGCCUUCCCGCCGCCCUCCUCCCCGCGAUGCCCGUCGGGGCCUCCCCGUCGGCCAAGACCCGCUACAGCCUGGUGGACGACCGGCACGACCUGCGCGUCCCGCUGCACAACGACGACGCCUUCCAGCACGGCAUCGCCUUCGAGGCCAAGUAUAUUGGCAGCCUAGAUGUACCCCGGCCAAACAGCAGGGUGGAGAUUGUCACGGCCAUGAGACGCAUCAGGUACGAGUUCAAAGCCAAAAGUAUAAAGAAGAAGAAGGUCACUCUCAUGGUGUCCGUGGACGGCGUGAAGGUGCUGCUGAAGAAAAAGAAGAAGAAGAAGAAGAAAGAGUGGGACUGGGAUGAGAGCAAACUGCUGGUGAUGCACGACCCAAUCUACAGGAUAUUCUACGUGUCCCACGAUUCCCAGGACCUGAAGAUCUUCAGCUACAUUGCCAGGGAUGGCUCCAGCAACGUCUUCCGCUGUAACGUUUUCAAGUCGAAGAAGAAGAGUCAGGCCAUGCGCAUUGUCCGAACUGUGGGGCAAGCGUUUGAGGUCUGCCACAAGCUGAGCCUGCAGCACACUCACCAGAACGCGGACGGCCAAGAGGACAGCCAGAGCGAGAAGGGCAGAGAAGACCCGGAGGCGCCAGCAUUGCCUGAAGCAGAGCCGGUUGUCGCCGCUGAGGAAACGGACAUUGAUGCCGUGGACUCUGGGCUGCCGGGGAGGCACCACCUGGAGUUCAACAGGGGAGUGACGGACCUUGAUGCUGUCGGGGGAGAGCUGCCUGGCCUGCUUUGCACCAAGGGCUUGCUCCACAACGAGGACAUCCUGACGGCUUCCCCCGAGAUGCUGCUCCCGUCUUCUGCCCAGCUGUCUGAGCCAGGGACCCCUCUCUCUGCUCACCACCAAAGGCAGCUUUUGCAGCAGCUCUUGCAGCAGCAGACGCAGCAGACGCAAGUGGCCGUGUCCCAGGUGCACUUGUUGAAGGACCAGCUGGCAACAGAGGCUGCUGCCCGCCUUGAGGCCCAAGCCCGUGUGCACCAGCUCCUGCUGCAGAAUAAGGACCUCCUGAACCAUAUUUCGCUUCUGGUGAAGCAGGUGCAAGAACUAGAGGCAAAGCUGUUGGGAUCCAACCCCAGAGGCUCUCGGGACAGCUUGCUGGAAAUCACCUUCCGCCCCGGCGGGCUGCCCGUUCUGUGUGACCCCAGCACCCCUCUGCCCGAAGACACUCGCCCCCUCCAGCUCCACCCCAGCUUCUCCAAUGCCGCCAACUCUUUGGCCAGCCCCUUAGGUAGGAGUGACUGCCUGGCGAAGCUGGAAUGUUUCUGUUUCCUCCCUGGCGACGGCCCUCCCUUGGGCAGCUUGGAGCUCCUCAAGUUCCGUGAGUCAGGGAUUGGCUCCGAGUUCGAGUCCAACGUGGACGACAGUGAGGUGUGGGACUCGUGGGGCCAGGAGGACGCGCUCCGCCUGUUCAGCGUCCUCGACAAGCAGGGCCUGGGAGAUAGCUUGGAUGAAGAGGUUGCCAUUUAAGAGGAGGCAGAGAUCUCAGGCCCGUGGCAAGCGACAGGGGAGGAGAGAGAGUGGGGGACACAGGCCUCCUUGCAAACAGGCCGGGGAAAGCCUGCUUCUAUGUUUUUCUGUGUCUUGGUACCUGAAAGUCAGGAGUAGGGUGGCGGUUUUCCUCCUGAAGGCAAGAGCCGCUUUCCGGGGCGCCCAAAGGUCUCAGGAAUUGUUUUCAUGUAUUUAUAUAUAUAUAUAUUAAUGCCAUAUUGCACCACCAAAAAGGGAUACUGGGUGCAAAUGACAGCAUCUUGAGGACCCUCAUCUUUCUUUUAGAAAAGCUGAAAAGGUGGUCGUGAAAGUGUGCCGGCAGUUCCUGGUGAAACCUUAAAAAGCCAGCAGUGAGAGUGUGCAAGGUUGCCAGUGUCCAGGUGUCUCUUCAUAACACUCCCCCACCACCCAAAGACCUAUUGGACGCUGGAUAAAUUAUGUAAAUCUAGCAAGGACCUGCAAGUUGGCCUCUUUUGCAUCAUGCAUACAGGUGGCAGAAUUCAGAGGGGCCUUUUGUGUACCUAGUGGGUUAGAUUCAGCUACUGAGUUGUAUCCGCAAAAGCCCUGCAGGGGGACUUCCCCUCCUCCUCCCUUGCUGCCUCCCAUACUUAAGAUAAUCCCUAGUCAGCUUCCGGACAAGACCAAUAGCCUUACGUUUCUGCAAACCUCUGAAAGAAACAGUUCAAUUAUAACAGGGGUUGUCUGUGGAUAAAUGAUCGAAUCUUGGUUGGAAUUGGUAUUAGAACUGUGGGCCUGAUAACUUCUCCUACAGUUUUUGAACACCGUUGAAAUUCUUGACACGGCAGCCUCAGUUCCAGAAGCUCAAGUCGUACUCUUUUGUCGUAACUCUGGCACCUUAGUCCCCCGAGCGUAUAACUGCAGGAACAUAGGAGCAGGUUCCUUAUGGAAGCAACUCCACAAAAGAGGCCUGUGUGUCUGAAAGCUCAGGCUGCCUCGGCGUUCGUCCCAAAAAUCUCCUAGACAAGUCAGAGCUACAGUUGGGCACAGGAAACGUUAGAAUUUCUUUGUCUAAACUCAGAAAACGGCUCAGUUCUUUCUAAGCAAGUGUGUGGAAUGGAUGUUUGAGAGAGAGAGCAAAGACUAUGUAUGUUCCUCUCUAGCUUGGAUUUGAACCUCAGCCAGAGAAGAGCUUUUGGGGGGUUGCAAUGCGUGUUUUGUAUGGAGGCAAGCGUUAUAUACACUUUGCUGUAUUUGUUCUCUGAGAUGCACUCAGGCAGUGCUUGGAGUCAUCAAUAGUUAAGCGUUCUAUUGGCUCCAUGUUGUGAUUGUCCUUUGGGAAGCAGCAUCUCAGCCCUGGCCUUCCAUCGGCCAGGUUGUUUUCCCCACGUGAGACAUGGCCUUUCCUGCCCUGCUUUCUCUUUUGUGGCUUUCUGAGGGAUAGGGCGAGCGGCAUACUACAAGCGAGAGGUCCAGACUUUUUAGUUUUAACUUAAGACACAAAAGAAUCCUAAAGGAGCUUCUGUGUUCAGAAUAGGUAAAGGUAAAGGGACCCCUGACCAUUAGGUCCAGUCGUGGCCGACUCUGGGGUUGCAGCGCUCAUCUCGCUUUAUUGGGCAAGGGAGCCGGCGUACAGCUUCCGGGUCAUGUGGCCAGCAUGACUAAGCCGCUUCUGGCAAACCAGAGCAGCGCACGGAAACGCCAUUUACCUUCCCGCCAGAGCGGUACCUAUUUAUCUACUUGCACUUUGACGUGCUUUCGAACUGCUAGGUUGGCAGGAGCUGGGACUGAGCAACGGGAGCUCACCCCGUCGCGGGGAUUUGAACCGCUGACCUUCUGAUCGGCAAGUCCUAGGCUCUGUGGUUUAACCCACAGCACCACCCGCGUCCCUGCAGAAUGGACUUCUCACUUUCAGGGGAGCUGUUGAGUAAAACAACAGGGCGGUUUCUUAAGGGUCCCUGCGCAGCAUAAACCGAACUAGAACUCAGUCGUGCAAGACAGCAAGACAGCAUUUCACUCUCUGAGGACUGGCCCAUAUUAUAACAGGCAGCUAGAAGAAGCAUCAGUGCUCCCCUUCCUUCCACCUCUUGCCCUGACCAGAAGCUGCAGCAGAGGUGGUGCAGAGAUCCCUGCUGCCCUCUUAAUACUGCCCCGAAGAAGCACCAUGUGCUCAGAAACAUUAUGGGGCUGUUGGGCUUUUGCUCAGUUUGACCUUUCCUUAGGUGUUUCCAUAGCUUGAAUUUUGUUCUGUUUUCCUGCUGCCGCUGCAGACUUUGCCAUUAUUUAAUUUGCAGGCUGUUGCCUAGGUUUGUGAGGAACGAUCGCUUCCGGCCUUCCCUGUUGGGGCACCAAAGGAAGAUUUACAAUUAAUAUUGGAGGAACUGCAACGAUGAACAGGGAGAGGGGGAGAUAAAACUGCACAGGGAGGCAUGUUGCAUUUAACUGCUGUGCAGUUCUUAUUUAAGCAAAUUGGAUUUUUUAAUAAUAAUAAAAAUUCCAUGGGUGAUUUUUAUGCAAAACUACUGAA